AUGGGUAAAUACUCUGCAAAUGCGGGCCCAUCGGCUUCGUCGUCGUCGUCGUCGUCCUCAUCUUCGUCGCAGCAGGGCAACCAACACCGAACGCUGGAGCAGAUUUUCAAGGACCUGCUGCAGGAAUGUAAGACCUGUGACGAGCACGUGCGCCUUUCGAAGGGUCUCCGUGACCGUCUCGAGCGGCUACCGCGCAAGAUGCGCAAGGAAGUAGUCAAGCGGACGAACGAGGACUGCUCGCCGCUCUUCAUCGCUUGUCGCCGUGGUAACGUAGAGAUUACCGAGUAUCUCAUCACGGUGUGUGAUGCGAACAGCGAACAGAAGGGCAUGUACGAGGUGCCCGAGGACCGUUCGGUGCACUACGUCACUCCGCUGUGGUGUGCGUGCGUUUCCGGUAAGCUGCCGGUAGUGAAAUGUCUAGUUCGCCUAGGUUCCAACAUCAAUGCGCUCUCUGAUACGGGCUCGACACCGCUCCGCAGUGCCUGCUUUAUGACUCACAUCGACAUUGUUCAAUUUCUGGUUGAAAACGGGGCAGACAUCCGGAAGCCGAACUACAACGGUGGCACGUGCUUGAUCAACUCUGUUCAAUCGGUCAGCCUAUGCACCUAUCUGAUUGGCAAGGGAGCCGAUGUGAAUGCUCGCGACAUCCAGGACAAAACGGCGUUGCAUUACGCAAUUCAGGAGCAUCGUCUCGAAACGGCCCAGCUGUUGCUGGAACAUGGGGCUGACCCGUUCGCCAAGUCACGCUAUGGAGACGAUGCCCUGCAGACGGCUUGCCUCAAGGGAGCGCAUCACAUCUUCGAUUAUCUCAAGAGCCGCAUCAACUAUUCCUCUGAAAGGUUGGCCGAUGCGCACGAGUUGAUCGGUUCGACCUUCAUCGACGAUCUGAACGAAACACGCGUUGCAAUGUUGCACUGGCGGAUGGCGCACCAUAUCCGCUUGCGUGAGGCGAACUACAUCCUCAAGCGACCAACGGUGAAGCCAAGAGCCGCCUACGGGAAUGCCGUCGAGUUCGCCAGUAUCGCCGAGCUGGACAAUGUUGCAGCGGAUGUUGACGCGAUGCGCGUGCAAAGUUUGCUCAUUUACGAGCGCAUCCUCGGCAUCGAACACAAGGACACGCUCUUUCGCCUAAUGUAUCGCGGUGCAUCGUAUGCGGAUGCGCACCGGUUCCAGCGGUGCAUCGAUUUGUGGCUGCUGGCAUUACAAGUGCGUGUCCAAAAGUACUCGAUCCUCUACUCGGACACGUGUCUGACCGCACAAGCCAUCGUUAGAUUGAUGUUGGAUCUGCUGGAAAAGUACAACGAGGUUUUAGGGAACGAGUUCGUGGAGCUGCGGCCCCGCUUCGAGGAUGUGUAUGCCGUGUUCAGCAUUCUCACGGGCAGCAUCAAUGAGGCGCGAAGGCUAAUAAGCAUUCGUCCGGUACACCGGAAGCAGCAGGAGAACUUCGAUCGCAUAAUGAAGUGUCUCACACACCUCAUGCAUCUUAUGCUGGCGACGGCUAAAACAAGCGAAGACCGUGCUGCAAUUUACCGUUCCGUGCACGCUCUUGUGCGGAACAACAUCCGCAGUGCCAUCACCAGCGAUACGCUCCUACAUCUGUCCGUGUCCCGGCUGAACGUGAUCAAAAGUGGGUACUUUAACGACGACACCAACACACUGCGCAUCGUUUUUCCGAACCUUGGCGUGGCGAAAUUGCUGCUAGACUGUGGCGCCGAUGUGAACGCCAAAAACGAAUCCAAAUCGACACCCCUGCUUAUCGCGGCCAUACCGUACAACUACGAACGUGAACUGGUCUACACUCUACUCGAGCAUGGCGCGCACCUGGACGAACCAAACUGCAACGACGAACGACCACUCUACCAGAUAGCGAUCAAUCCGAUCAACGAUAUUCCGCUGGUACACUAUCUAUCGCUCAAGUGUCUCUGCUCGACCAUCAUAGCGCGCUUCGGAAUACCGUACCGCAACCAAAUCCCGCGCACCCUCGAAGAGUUUGUCAAACGUCAUGAACCUUAAAACCGAGGACGAUGAAACUCAGAAACACGGGUUUAGAGGGGACAGAGUGGUAGAGCACACGAAUAUCACACUCGGUCCCAUUCAUAGUUCAAUUGUAAGUUCUUCAAUUAUUUUGCAAAUCUGUGAUUUUUUAUAACCGCCAACACCCCCUAGGACAGGAUCCCUGAAGAAACUAAGUGGCCAGCACGUUGCUAUUAGAUGGUCAGAAGAGGGAACCUACUUUAAUUAGAGCAUCCGUCUGUCAAUUCACGUAGAACCGUAGAACUAAAGCCAACACCAGCAGUUAGUACCCAGUUGUGUUGUGGUUCAGAAGUUUUGAAAAUGGUUCCAUGAUGGACCUAAGGAUGAAAUAGGUGGUGAAAUCAACGCCAUGAACGAGCAAAAAAACGAGCAGGAAAUUUAUAAGGUUUUUAGACUCUCUAAGAUUGAAAUUUUUGUUGGAAUAGUGUUGCAGGCACCACGUAAGCAAAUAAAGUACAGAGAAUAUUAUGCUUGAACGUAGCAAUUAAUCACCAAUAGACUGGCUAUUUAACAAUCUAAAGUAAAGCGUAGUGCAUCCAGUCGCGCUGGCACAGGGCCGCAGACAAAUAGAAACUAAAACUAAGCAAACAGCAAACAUUCCCCGAAUAGUAACAUUAACAACACGCCGAUAGCUGUCGGGCAACCGUCCCAUGCUGAAACCAAACACACGCACGCGGGUUCAAGAGCACCGCCCAGCGCUGACAUGAAAAGCACCGAAAGAGGCUAAUAAUCUUCCGAGAUGCGACAUCUUUCGUACCGCACUUGCCUGAAUGGAAAAAGACAAAUAUGUACAAUAACGGCUGCGGAAAGUACCGCAUUGCCCGAACAGCAGGGAGGCGGAUGCAAAGGAAAUAUUAUAAACACAUAGUUGUGAUCGUAGACCGCAAAGAAUAUAUAGCAAAACCAAUGUGCAAUGUUAUAGUCGCACGGAUUUGCAAAACCUUAGCCACCGCUACCUAACUGUACUCGUUCCAUACCGUAGUAAAGG